UUCCACCAGUUCCCCGUUGAACCGUUGGGGGGAACGGGAGAGUCGUCGCCCGCUCCCCUCCAUGCGUAAGAUCCGGCCUGGGGGAAAGGGAUGAAUGUUAAUUUCAAAGAUGGCGGCGGAGGGAGGAGGGAAGGAGAUGAACGAAAUUAAAACUCAGUUCACCACUCGGGAAGGCGUCUACAAACUCCUCACUCACUCCGAAUACAGCCGUCCUAACAGGGUGCCUUUCAACUCGCAAGGUUCCAACCCCGUCAAGGUCUCCUUCGUGAACGUCAACGACCAGUCGGGCAACGGCGACAGGAUCUGUUUCAAUGUGGGCCGUGAGCUCUACUUCUACAUCUACAAAGGCGUUAGAAAGGCAGCUGACCUGAGCAAGCCCAUAGACAAGCGCAUCUACAAGGGAACGCAGCCCACCUGUCAUGACUUCAACCACCUCACAGCUACAGCAGAGAGUGUGUCCUUGCUGGUGGGUUUCUCAGCAGGACAGGUACAGCUCAUUGACCCCAUCAAGAAGGAGACAAGCAAGCUCUUCAAUGAGGAGAGACUAAUAGACAAGUCCAGAGUAACGUGUGUGAAAUGGGUGCCAGGCUCUGAGAGCCUGUUUCUGGUCUCUCAUGCCAGUGGGAAUAUGUACCUGUACAACGUGGAGCAUACUUGUGGCACCACAGCACCACACUACCAGCUGCUCAAACAGGGAGAGAACUACUCUGUACACACUUGUAAGAGUAAAUCCACUCGGAACCCUCUCCUUAAAUGGACAGUCGGUGAGGGGGCACUGAAUGAGUUUGCCUUCUCUCCAGAUGGGAAAUUCUUAGCCUGUGUAAGCCAAGACGGCUUCUUACGGGUGUUCAACUUUGACGCGGUUGAGCUUCAUGGCACCAUGAAGAGUUACUUUGGUGGCUUGUUGUGUGUUUGCUGGAGCCCUGAUGGAAAGUACAUAGUUGCAGGUGGAGAGGACGAUCUCGUGACUGUGUGGUCGUUCUUGGACUGCAGAGUCAUCGCCCGAGGCCAUGGGCACAAGUCAUGGGUGAGUGUGGUGGCAUUUGAUCAUUACACCACCAGUGUGGAAGAGAGUGACCCAAUGGAGUUCAGUGGCAGCGAUGAGGACUUCCAGGAUCAGAUGAUCCACUUUGGACGAGACCGGGCCAACAGUACACAGUCUCGACUCUCAAAGCGCAACUCCACAGACAGCCGGCCCGUUAGUGUGACAUACCGGUUUGGCUCAGUGGGCCAGGACACUCAACUGUGCCUAUGGGACCUCACUGAGGAUAUCCUUUUCCCGCAUCUUCCGCUCUCACGGACACGGACGCACACUAACGUGAUGAACGCUACCAGCCCCCCUGCGGGUGCUACUAUAAUCACUAACACCUCUAGCAAUGCUACUAACGGAAACAACAGUGGUGCCAAUACUCCUGGCAUUAACUCCCUCUCUACUACAUUACCACGUUCCAACAGCCUACCCCAUUCAGCUGGCACCACAACAACGGCAAACAGUACCAACAAGGCUGGCAGCGGUGGUGGAAUCAGCAGUGGAAUUAUGGACAGUGCCAUCGCUACAGGUGUGAGUAAGUUUGCCACACUGUCACUCCAUGAUAGGAAGGAGCGCCACCACGAAAAGGACCACAAACGCAACCACAGCAUGGGUCACAUCAGCAGUAAGAGCAGCGACAAGCUCAACUUGCUGACAAAAACCAAAACAGACCCCGCUAAGACACUGGGCACUCUGCUGUGCCCACGCAUGGAGGAUGUGCCCCUCCUCGAGCCCCUCAUCUGUAAAAAGAUAGCACACGAGAGACUGACUGUACUCAUAUUUUUAGAGGACUGUUUAGUGACUGCUUGUCAGGAGGGAUUUAUUUGCACAUGGGCGAGGCCAGGCAAAGUGGGUUUAUUGUCAUCCCAAAACCAAGCCAGCUCUCCCAGUGGAACAGUAGUAUAGCCACAAUAUUUCUGCUGCUAAACAACCCUGCAACCCAGAGUCUGAUGCUGCUCUUCACCCUGCAAGCAUUGCAAGUUUUCCUUUUUCUUUUAUACCCUUCCUCCCUCCCGAUUUUGUUUAUGGCUUUUCCGUUGUUUUCGUUUAUCACUCACUUGACCUAGAGGAGGAAUGAAGCAAGAAAAGGUGUGGUGCAUUUGUGGACUACUGCACUAAUGUACCAUUGUUCUCUGGAGUUUUAUUACAUUUUAGAUUUUUUUUAAAGAUCUUUCUUUCAUGUCAAAUCUCAUCAGACUGUUGUCCCCUCCUCAAUUAAGGCUUGGCUUUGUUAGAUGCAACCCAGACAAUUGUUGCUUGUGAUUAAAGGGAUAGUUCAUUUAAUUUUCAUAAUCUGUGUGUACCCCUUUUUUACCUUGUAAUGUAGCCUAGUCAUGGCUCAGGGUUACUGACUAAAACAUGAAUUUUGAGUGAACUAUCCCUUUAUGACCAAGUGCGUGAGCAUCUUAAAAUUUUGCUUCCAUCCACAUUCACCUUCCACUUCUGUCUUUUCUUGAGUAGAAUCUCCCCAUCGAUGACUUUGCACUGAUUUUGUUAGUUAUUUUGUUGUUUGUUUUUAUAACUACUCUAAUGGAACAAAAAAAGAGGGUUGAGGACUGCCUUGUUGCACUCGUCUUUAACAUCCUCAGUCUUGAAAUCUGAAACUAUAAAGCUUGAUGCUGCAAUCAUAGUCUUUUUAAGAGAAAAAAUUGUUUGCACUUAAAUUAGUUUAUUAGAAGAAAAUGGCUUUACAUUUUUGGGUGUGCUCAGAACUCACAGAUGGCUAAUACAGUAGGUGAGAAAAUGAUAAAAACUAUUAAAACCUUUAUCUAUUGAGCAUUUAUUUUAAUAUUAUUUCAGAUUCAAAUCUGCUCUGUAUCAUAAUGUGUAUAUUGUAAUUAAUUGAUCUGAUGGGGGCCUAAGCAAACUACCAUUACUCCAGUGGAAGUUUUGUCAUUGAUAGUUAUAUUUCUAAAGCCUAAAGUAUACAUAUUAAUAAUAUUAAAAUAAUCUUGAAUACACCGUUUACUGUUCUUUUUUUUUUUGUUCACCAACAUGUACUGUAUUUACAUAACAAAGCUGUAAUGCCUCUGGUGUGAAAUUUGCUUACAUUGUCAUAAAAAUGCGGUAGUUGCACGAAAUGAGCUGUCAAGUAUGGAAGUCUCUGAAGCUCAGGAAGUCGCACAGACAACAGUUGAAUCUAAAAAGACUCUCCUCAACUUGCUACAGGCUCUCUUAAUGCCUCAGGCACAAAAAGUACUUUGAGAAGAAAACAUGGAACUUGAUAUCCUCCGACUGUCUCCAAAGCAUUUUAACUAAAGUCACAUGAAAGAUUUCAGAUACGGAGUUUUUCCCAUUUGACACUACUGCAAUAUUAAUGUACUUUAUUUUUGUGUGAUAGCCAGUCAUUGUUGAUGUCAUGAAUAGUUCAGUGACCCCUACACUAGGCAGAAAGCUGGAGAAG